AUGGAUUUAGUACCCAGCGAUGUUCUCCUCAUUAUCGGUGAACAUCUCGAUCACCAUGCCGAUCGCUGGAAUCUGAUCUUCGUUUCUCAACUCUUUCACAACUUAUUCCUGCCCUUGCUCUAUCGAACAGCACAACUACAUAAUUGGCAGAGUAUAAAAUCCUUUUUCUAUGCCCUCACCAACAAACCUGUCCUCAUUCAUGCAGUGCGCCAAUUGGAUUUGUCUGGUUGGCAAUCGCAAUGCAUAACCAACUCUGAGAGAGAAGAGUUGAAGACCGCAGCAGCUUUAAUAGAAUGCAUCAAAUCAUCCUCACACUCUGCAGAGGAGGCUACCCAGUGGGAGGUGGAUCUGGGAAAGGGUCAUGUCGAUGCUUGGAUUGCUUUGUUGCUUCCAAUGUUGAGCCAGCUCAGGCAACUUCAUUUGGCAUAUGCCACCCAUACUCCGUGUCUAGAUCGCAUCAUGCAUCGGGCGAUCAGCGGCGAGAGACCUUUUCAACCCAGUUGUGCCUUCCAAAAACUUCAAGAGGUCUCACUAUAUCACAGGGAUGAAAUUGAAUAUAGCAGAGACAAUCAUGCUGACAUCAACUCUCGUUCACCAUCCACUGCUCUUCUCUUAUCAUUCUUCCAGUUACCAUCCAUGCGUGCUAUUUGCGCCAAGUAUGUGGUAGAUCAGAAUGCAGGCACUGAAAACCCGAACAUUAGUUUAUCUGAAUCUGAAGAUCAAAAUACUAAGCAUAUCCAGUCGUUCCAACCGGGGUCCUCUACUAUCACAGAUAUUGAUUUACGCUCGAGUAGUGGGAAUCAUGGAAUGAAGACCCUAGUUGCCUCGUGUACUGGCCUCAGAUCUUUCAAAUACCAACAUUCUGACUCAAAUCUUAUCUCUCGUGGGUAUCAACCUACGGCGUUCUAUCGCUCCUUGGCCCGCAGUAAAGGAACUCUUCAAACACUGUGGCUGGACCACUACGGCGAUCACUACCCAUUCACUGCAGCUGGACUAAAUCAAAGCCACGAUGAAUGGUUCGGGUCCUUAGCUGAUUUCACUGCCCUCCGAGAAGUCCGCAUUCGACUACCCAAUCUCCUCGAUAUUCAAUAUCGAAACGAUCCGACAACACCCCUUUUAAAUUGUCUCCCAUCCUCGCUAGAGACCCUCUACAUCGAGGGAUGUGAGGAACGACAAGUUCCAAUGCUGGCUUCACAGCUCCAAGCAGUUAUUGAAAAUCGUUGCACUCGCAUGCCGAGAUUGCAACGAGUGGAAAUCGAGGGGGGUUUCAGGAAUACCUCAUCCGAUGAGUAUGCUGACACCACCAAUCCAGCUACAUUUGAUAAUACGAUUAAAAGUAAAAUCAUGCAAGCUGUCGAGCCGCUGCAUGUUCAUUGUAUUGCUGCUGGAGUUGAACUUCACCUUUAUGACCGUGCAUUCCACAACUUCUAG